CGCGGCGCUGUCGGCAAGGUGACAGCCCAGCGCCCGGACGGCAAGUCGGGCAGCCGCCAUGAGCGCUGCGCUCUUCAGCCUGGACGGCCCGGUGCGCGGUGCGCUCUGGCCUCCGGAGCCCGCAGCCUUCUACGAGCCGGGCCGCGCGGGGAAGCCGGGCCGGGCCGCCGAACCAGGGACCCUGGCGGAGCUGGGCGCCGCCGCGCCUGCCAUGUACGACGACGAGAGCGCCAUCGACUUCAGCGCCUACAUCGAUUCCAUGGCCGCGGUGCCCACUCUGGAGCUGUGCCACGACGAGCUCUUCGCUGACCUCUUCAACAGCAACCACAAGGCUGGCGCGGCGGGGAGCACGGCGACCCUGGAGCUGCUGCCCGGUGGCCCCUCGCGCGCCCCCGGCCCGGCCCCGCGGCUACUUAAGCGCGAGCCCGACUGGGGCGACGGCGACGCGCCCGGAUCGCUGCUGCCCGCGCAGGUGGCAGCGUGCGCGCAAACCGUGGUGAGCUUGGCGACCGCUGCGCAGCCCACACCGCCCGCGUCCCCCGAGCCGCCGCGCGGCAGCCCGGGCCCACGACCCCCACCUGCCGCCCCCCGGGACCGCGGUACUGGCAAGCGGGGUCCGGAGCGCGGCAGCCCCGAGUACCGGCAGCGGCGCGAGCGCAACAACAUUGCAGUGCGGAAGAGCCGCGACAAGGCCAAGCGGCGCAACCAGGAGAUGCAGCAGAAGCUGGUGGAGCUGUCGGCCGAAAACGAGAAACUGCAGCGGCGCGUGGAGCAGCUCACGCGGGACCUGGCCGGCCUGCGGCAGUUUUUCAAGCAGCUGCCCGGCGCGCCCUUCCUCCCGGGACCCGGGGCCGCCGACGGCCGGUGACGCGCGGCCAGUGACUGAGCAACGACCUGACCUCAGAUCCGCCGCCCGCCUGCCCGUCCGGGGCGCCGCGGGGUCCGCUUCUGUGGGUGCGGUACGACCCGAAGCCGCGGCGGACUUCCCACCACGGAGUGCGAGAGAAGCUAGAACUGGUUAUUUCCCCUUAAAUUAUUUUUAUAAUGGUAGCUUUUUCUACACCUUACUCCUUUGAUGCAGCUAAGGUACAUCUGUAAAAAUGACUUCUCAAGACCCUUUGUAUUGUAGAUAAGAGGAAAAGACUGAGCAUGCUCACCGUUUUUAUAUUAAUUUUUACAGUAUUUGUAAGAAUAAAGAAGCAUUUAAAAUCC